AUUCUCCACUUUCAUCACACUCUCCAUUUCUCACAAAUUCUUACAUCACAGCGAAUUCGUAGCAAAAAAUCUAGAGUUCCAAAUUCCAAUCUCAGAAAUGGACGCAAGCACCAAGACGAAGAAGGGAGCUGGUGGAAGGAAAGGUGGUCCAAGGAAGAAGUCAGUGACAAGAUCCACCAGAGCUGGUCUUCAAUUUCCAGUCGGAAGAAUCGGUCGUUACUUGAAGAAAGGAAGAUACGCUCAGCGUGUUGGUACUGGUGCUCCUGUUUACUUAGCUGCUGUUCUUGAAUAUCUUGCUGCUGAGGUUCUUGAGUUGGCUGGAAAUGCAGCACGUGACAACAAGAAGAACAGGAUCAUCCCUAGGCACGUGUUGUUGGCUGUGAGGAACGAUGAAGAACUUGGAAAAUUGUUAGCUGGUGUUACAAUUGCACAUGGAGGUGUUCUUCCAAACAUCAACCCAAUCCUUUUGCCUAAGAAGAACGAGAAGGCUGCAACUACUACCAAAUCUCCAUCCAAGGCUACCAAAUCUCCAAAGAAAGCUUAGAUUUAGUUUCUAGGGUUUGGUGUUUAUAUCUAAGUUUAGCAUAGCAGACAUAUUUCGAUGUGUUUGUAGCAAUGCAUUUUGGAUCUCAGUGUGUUUCUGAUGUAGUAGGAGUCUGAUUCAUGAAUGAAAACAUCUUGUUUUUACUCAUUUUUUGUUGCUUAAACAAUUCAUCUUAUUUAAUGCUACUAUCAUUCUAUGCCCUCA